CACAGUCAUUUCACUGCCUCCAGCACUCCUAGGGAGCGUGUGGCACUGUAGUCAAGAGGCAGAGCACCUUUCAGUGAUAGGGAAUGGAAGUGACCAGGUACCAAUUCUCCAGGACACCCAACAACUCUGAGGAAAGGGUUCUAGCUCAUUUCAGUAACAUACUGCUAGUGCUGGACGAGAUGCCAAACUUCCCUGAGGAGCUCCAAGGGGCAAAGAAAGGGAUUCUGUAUCUCACACAGUACAAAAUGAUAUUCCAGCACAAGGACAAGGGCUCCACGACCAUCCGCUUUCCACUUCAGCUCCUGGGGGACUGUAUGAUAGGGGAGGAGCUGAGCUCCAGACAGCAAUAUAUCAAAGGGACUAUUACUUCCAGUCAAGGUGUUCUCACCUUCAAAUUCAUCUUCCUGUAUGAAGCCACUGAUUGCCUGAGUAUGAUCAAAACCCUGUCUUCAGCAGAUACAUUAAGAGAGGCUGCUAAUCUUCAGGACUAUCCAACAGCCUCCAUCUACACCUAUGCCCACCCAUCAGCACCUCGGGUUCCCCGUUUGCUCAGCACACUUCCAUAUUGGCCACCCCCCUAUCCUGGCCCACCAGAGUUACCCCCACCCUACUCUGAAGUGGAGUCCACAAGCCCAAGAGAGAGCCAAGAGGGCUGCUGCCACUGCAGGGCCCUGAGAACCCAAGAACAGACAGACAGGCAGAACUGAGGAGCAGCCUAGAAAUCUCUCUCCAUAGCAACCAGUUGAGACAUCAUAGACUUUGUUCCUGGCCUGAGAGGUUAGCUAUGAGGACUAAAAUUGUGAUCUGGGGGCAAGCAGGGCACAGUAGUGUGGAUAGCUAAGCUAAUGAAAAACAUUAACAAUGCUGGCCAUGCUGGAAGAAGGAUAAAGUAUCUAAGAAAGCAAGAAUUAAAUGAAGAGCGGAAAAAAUCAACUCAGUGACAUUUACUUGGCAGAACAAUUUAAAAGUUUAAAUGUACAGAUCAGUGGAAACAAAGUGUAUUGAACUUCACAGCCGUCAAUUAGGCUGGC